AUGACGUUUUCUGAAAAUGUAAAUUCUAAGACCACAGAAGCCUUUGAAAGGGUACGCGAGCAGGUCGAUACUUAUGCUCAAAAAGGCAAGAAUUCCUUUGAAGAAGUAAAAGGCAAAGCAGCAGACCUGCAACAUAACAUUCAAGAAGCUGUGGAGCGGGCCAAGAAUACAGCAGAUCCGUAUGUUAAAAGCACUCGUCAAAUGGCCGAACAUAUCGUGGAGUCUGGAAAGGAGGGUGCGCAUGUGGUUGCUUCAACCAUCCAUAGGGGUGUUAACCACGCAAGUCAGAUGUGCAUCUCCAAAAAUCGAACUUUCCGCGUUAUCAGUGAGUUAAUCGCCAUGUAUGUGUUCGUAUGGUGGUACCUUCUUAACCUUUUCCCCUUUACAAGCCAUCUUCUCAAACAGGCUUACACCAUUGCUGAGUCUCUUAAGAUCAUUUCUCUAAUGGGGAAGCUUGCUUCUUUGUUCCUAAGCGCUGUGGAUCGCAUUCCCAUUGUCGGUCCUCGUUUAUAUGUGAUUAUUACAUCAUUGUCAAAGGAAACAUACCAGAAUAUCAAUCGCCUCAUCAUUCAAAGCGCAAUCAGAUGCAAGCAUGAAUAG